AAUCACAACCUUUGACCUUCUAAAAGGUAGGCGUGGUGGACAAACCACGUGUAGUAUAAUGGCACAAGGAGGGUUGAAAACAAAGUUCUCUGCUGUUCCUCCCAAAGGCAAAGCAUCCAAAGGAAAGAAAAAGAAGCCCCUUGGCCCAAGAAAGGGUGGUCACUAUAUUGCUCCCAAGAAAGGCAAACGUAUCGAGACUGAUCGUGUCAAGAAGGCUUUGUCUAAGCAGAUUGACCUGGGCAUUGAGAAGGCCAUCCAUCAGCAAGCUCUCAGUGACGGCACUGAAUUCAGAUUGUUAGAAAACAAUAAACCAGCAUCUUCGACAAGCGGGUCAUCAAAAAGUGGACCAUCGAAAAGCAGACCAUCGAAAAGUGGACCAUCAAAGAGUGGGCCAUCGAAGAGCAAGUAAAGAACACUCAAACUGUACAGAACUUUGUUAAUGUUGUGUGUUUUUUACUGUCGCACUCGAAUUAAACAGAACUUUGCAACGUGUUUGUUCAACUGUAAACGUAUUUUCUAUUAAAGCAAUAUGUCUCUUGGUCUACUGGGGGAGUAUGGUUCCUCUGAUAGCAGCGAUGAAGACUCACGUAAUCAAUCAGCCUCCUCUAGCCACACCCACCCACCAUCUGACACCUCCACUAGCCACACCCACCCACCAUCGGACACCUCCUCUAGCCACACCCACCCACCAUCUGACACCUCCACUAGCCACACCCACCCACCAUCGGACACCACCACUGCACAAGAGUCACACUAUGAUCCAUUUGGUAUGAACAGCACAACACAAGACGAUAGUAGCAGCUUGUCAUCCGAACAAGACCACACCCCCAGCCCCCCUGUCCGGCAAGACUCCGCCCUUCCCCUACCUGACCUGGAGGCCCCCCUACAUAGCACAAAGGAAAGCUCUGUAUUUUCAAAUCCUUACAAAGUUGCGGAAGAUGAAAGACUGUCUGUACUGAAACAUCAUGUCGGAGAGUUCACCCCAGAGGUCAAGGAGGAGAGGAGACGUGGGAGGAGGGGGAAGAGACGAGGGAGAGGGGGCAUGGCAAUGAACCCUCUCGUCCGUGAAGAUGAUGAUGGACCGCGUGAUUCAUUGGGCCGUUGGAAAGUGAGGUGUGGCGUGGGGGACACUCUUAAUCCGCCCAAGAAGUUCAUGAAACUGCACACUAGGAUACAGAGCGAAGAGCAUUGAACCAUGGACACACCCUCACUGACUCACAGCAUGCAGUGAUUAUAGCUAUAUAGCACUUUUCUAUGCAUUCUUAAACAAUAAUAUUAUUGUAUGCAUGUUUUUUUAUUUGUUUGCACAAGUUUGA